AUUGUGUAAAUCCUGCCAUUAUACUUGCAUUAUUGUACUCAUAUUCAUCGAUUGAAAAAUGGCACAACUAAACAGCCUGGGGUCAUGGUGGUGGGAAGUGAUGAGCAGCAACAAAAACGAGCUUACUCUGCCCAUUUCAGCAAUAAUCUUGACUGGUUUGUGGUACAUAUGGACAGUUUCAAGCUCCUCCAAUGGCAGAUCACCACUGCCACCAGGUCCAUGUUCCUUGCCAAUUGUAGGCUACCUUCCAUUUCUUAGCCGUGAUCUGCACAAACAGUUCGUCAAUAUGGCUCACAGUUAUGGUCCCAUUUUCAAGUUCCACCUCGGAAGCAAACUUCAUGUCGUGAUAAACACCCCUGAUUUAGCAAAAGUUGUGGUUCGUGAACAAGACGAGAUAUUUGCUAACCGUAAUGCCACCAUCGCUGCAUUAGCAAUCACUUACGGGGGCCAAGAUGUAGUAAUGUCUGACAACAACUCGGAUUGGCGAAACCUUGGUAAGAUAUUUGUCCAUGAGGUCCUAAGCCACAAGAAUGUAGAAGCAUCCAGGUACUUUAGAAGGGAUGAAGUUAGGAAAACUAGCAGAAAUGUUUAUAGUAAAAUCGGGAAAACAAUUGACAUUUGUGAGAUUGCUUUCUCAACAGAGGCCAAAGUCCUAACAAGCAUGCUUUGGGGAAAUACUUCAGAAGAAAAAGCAAAUGGUGGCCAGAUUGCAGCCGAGUUGCAGAUCAUUGUUGCCAAUAUUGUCGAGUUGAUGAGCAAGCCAAAUAUGUCUGAUAUCUUCCCUAGUCUUGCAUGGCUUGAUCUACAAUGCAUCGAGAGGAACAUGAAGAGGCAACUUGAUCGGUUGGACCGAAUUUUCACAAGAAUCAUUCAUGAUCGAAUCGAAUCUAACUCCAACAAAUCCAAGGAUGCAGUUGGUCAUGAAGGAAAGAAAGAUCUUUUACAGACCUUUAUAGAGCUCAUGGACCAAAAAAAUCCAACAUCAAUUAAAAUCACGCAAAUAAAGGCACUUCUCCUGAACAUUAUGGUUGCAGGAACAGACACAACGACAACACUGAUAGAAUGGACAAUGGCUGAGAUUAUGCAAAAUCAUGACAUAAUGAAAAGAAUUCAAGAAGAAUUACUACAAAUCGUAGGACCCAACAAGAUCGUCGAAGAAUCUCAUCUCCCGAAACUACAAUACCUCGAUGCAACUAUUAAGGAAACAUUACGGUUGCACCCUGUACUCCCUUUCAUACUUCCAAGGUCACCAAGCCAAGAUUGUGUGGUAGGUGGAUAUACCACUCCGAAGGGUUGUACAGUGUUUCUUAAUGUUUGGGCCAUCCAUCGGGAUCCUCGGUAUUGGGACAAUCCUUUGGAAUUCAAUCCGGAGAGGUUCUUGACAAACAAAUAUGAUUUCAAAGGAACCAAUCUCAACUUCUUCCCUUUUGGAUCUGGGAGAAGAUUGUGUCCGGGUGUUCCAUUGGCAGAGAAAAUGCAAUUGUAUAUAUUGGCCUCGCUCUUGCACUCAUUCGACUGGAGCUUGCCAGAGGGUGAAGACCAUGACCUCUCGGAAACAUUUGGCAUUACUCUAAAGAAAAGAAAACCACUCUUUGCAGUCCCAUCACAAAGGUUGCGGAAUGCCAGCCUCUAUAUGUAGUGGGUGUUUGGGAUAGCUUUUAAAAAAAAAACUUAUUAAUAAGCUAAAAAAGUGUUUGUCUAUUUAAAAAACGCUUUUUAAAACAGCUUUUUGGAUGAGAAAAACUAAAGCUUUCAAAAAGCUGGAAAAUCCUAGCUUUCUAGCUUUUUAACAAUUUUACUCAUGAAAAGCAGCUUUUCACAUCCAAACAUUUUUUAAAACCAGUUUUUCCUAAAAGUUAUAAGCUAAUAAGCAUUUUUCUUAAAAAUCACUUUUGACAUAAAAAAGCUACCCCAAACAUACCUGUAGUGUUUUUAGUUUUUUUUUAGAAUCAGCAAAUAUAUUAAUAUAUCAAAAACCCAAUCAAAAACCCAACCAAAAGCAAGAAGCAAACGGAGGGGAAGGAAUACAAACAAGUAGAGAAUCACAGAAAAAAUAAAAAAGCAUAGUUACAAGAAACAAAGAAGAGAGAUUUCUUUUUUCUUUUUAGAAUGGGAAGCAACUCCAUUCCACCCAUCUACCUACCCAAUUCCCCCUAAAUUUGAUCCAUUCGUAAGUUUGAAGAAUUAUAGAAUCCGCAAUGAUUGGAGGGGAAGCACCAAUUAUAAGUUCAGUCCCACUCAUCGAUGGCUUGUUGGUGGGGUCCUGUGUAUUUUCAAUUUGUAGCAUUUUUAUGUGUGUUAAAUGGAGAGCCGAUUCAAGUCAUUAAUUUCUUAGAUUCUUGAAAAAUAGAUUGAAAUCUCUUGGUCUUCUCCACCAAUUCUGACUCCACUCUUGUUUUUUUCUUUUUGCCAAUGCGCCUUACUU